UGUCCUGUUCACGGACUCUUUGUGCGGUGGUUUUAUUUCCCUCUGAGCGGGACUGUCUUUGCCUUUAGUCCGUUUUCCCUGAGGUUUUCUGCCCCCUGUGCCCCGUGCCCGGUCCGUCCCCUCCCCCUGCAGCGGCGCUCGGCUGCGGUUUCCGGUGUCCGUGCUCCGGAGGAUGGCGUCCGGCUCCAGCCGCAUCCCCUGCACCAGCCCCGGCCCCAGACCCGCGCACCCGGAGAGCCCCCGAGAGCAGGCUGCACACGGCGCGCACAAGCUCCCAUAAACCCGCGAUCCUUUUGUGAGUUCCUGCCUCUGCCUCUCUGCUGAUUUCUCUCUGUGUGAAUCCUUCAAAAGGUCAAAAUGACGGAGGCGUGGCAGCAGUCUGCCCCGGCCGUGGUGCACACUCUUCCCCAGGGGGCGGAGAACGCUCUGGGCUGCACCGUGUACGGAGUGGUCCUCCAGCCCGACGCCUCCACCCUCCAGCAGGUCCAAGCGCAGCAGACGCAGAUGCAGGUGACCAAAUGCAACGCCUGCGGUCAGGACAUCUCCCACCUCGCCAACCCUCACGAGCAUCAGUGUAUGGUCACCCAGGAUCGCUCCUUCCAGUGUACGCAGUGUAUGAAGAUAUUCAGCCAAGCCACGGACCUCUUGGAGCAUCAGUGCGUCCAGGUGGAGCAGAAACCGUUCGUAUGCGGCGUUUGCAAAAUGGGCUUCUCUCUGUUGACGUCGCUGGCGCAGCAUCACAACUCGCACGGCAAUGGAAACAAUCCGAUGAAGUGUUCCAUCUGUGAGAAAACCUACCGCCCUGGAUCCGGCAACGUCACGCCCACUUCCUCCGCAGCCAACCCGCAGCAACCGUCGAGCGGCGAAGCGUCCGGCGGAGUAGCUUCCAUCGACGAAUCCUCUCCCCCCGCGUUCGAAGCUAACUCGCCAGACCGACCGUACAAGUGUUCCGUGUGCCACAAAGGUUUCCGGCAUCUUUCCGAGCUAACGCGCCACGAGAGAGUUCACACCGGCGAGAAACCGUACAAAUGCGACCAGUGCGACAAAAGCUUCAGCCAGUCGUCGCAUUUGGCGCACCACCAGAGAACGCACAGCUCAGAACGGCCGUACAAAUGCGCCGUCUGCGAAAAGAGCUUCAAACACCGCUCCCACCUCGUACGCCACAUGUACGCGCAUUCCGGCGAGCAUUUGUUUAAGUGCAACCUGUGUGAGAUGCAUUUCAAAGAGUCCUCAGAGCUCCUGCACCACCAGUGUCAGCCAGAGGGGGAGCGUCCUUUCAGCUGCGGGUCGUGCGGGAAAAGCUUCAAACGCCCUUCGGAUUUGAGACAGCAUGAGCGCACGCAUUCGGAAGAGCGGCCGUUUCAGUGCGAGGAAUGCCAGAUGAGUUUCAAACAGCAGUACGCGCUCGUCCGCCAUCGCCGCACGCACAAAAACCCGGCGGAUCGACCGUUUAAAUGCAACCUCUGCGACAAAGGAUUCCUCCAGCCCUCGCAUCUCCUCUACCACCAACAAGUGCACGGGAUGGAGAGCCUGUUCAAGUGCGCGUCUUGCCAGAAGUCCUUCAGCCAGUCGGGGGAGCUGCUGAGGCACAAAUGCGGCGGCGAAGUGGAAAAACCGUACAAAUGCGACGUUUGCGGGAAAGGCUACAAGAAGAACUCCACUCUGCAGCGCCACCAGAACUCGCACUGCACCGAGAAACCUCUAAAGUGCUCCCUUUGCGACAAGCGCUUCGUCUCCUCCUCGGAGUUCGUCCAGCACCGGUGCGACCCGACCCGCGAAAAACCCCUCAAAUGCCCCGACUGCGAGAAGCGUUUCCGGUAUUCCUCCGAGCUCCAGCGCCACCGCCGGGUCCACACCGGAGAGAAGCCGUUCAAAUGCGCGAGCUGCGAUAAAAGUUUCAAACAACGCGAGCAUUUGGCGAAACACCAAAGCGUGCACUCUAGGGAGACCCAGUUUAAGUGCGUGUGGUGCGGGGAGAGGUUUAUGGAUCUGGCCGCUCUUCAGGAACACACGGUCCAGCACACCGGAGAGGCAGAGAACUUCCCCGGUGAAGAACAGUGCAUCUCGUAAAGAUAAAAACUACGAGAAAAAUAUGGAAAACUAGCAUCUACGUUCAAUAUUAGGGUUUAAGCAAGGACUUUAACUGUAAUAGAGAAACAUAUUGUGCUCUUAUUGUCCUGUGGGUUACGGUGAACAGAAAUGGGCUAGAUUAAUUAAUACAACAAGGAUUAAACCUGAAACAUGAAUUUAAAUUUAUGGAAUUGGCAAACGACAAAGUCUUCCGUUUUAUUCUGCAUAAAAACCCGUAGUUUAGAUCUGUACAAACAUCUUACGAAAUGUGUUUCUUGUAUUAGUUUGUCAUUUCUUUUUGUCAGUUCUGGACGUGUUUUAGAACGUGAACUUUGAACCGAAUCCUAAUAUCAAAACGAUAAACCGCACUUAGAUAUCCCCUGAUUUGUUCAGGCCUAUAAAGGAUUUUCGAAAAUGAGUUGAACGAAAACUAUUACUGUAUUUUUCGGACUAUAAGUUACUCCGGAGUAUAAAUCACACCAGCCAAAAAAUGUGUAAUGAAGAAGAAAAAACAUAUACAAGUCGCACUUUUUGGGGGAAAUUUGUUUUAUAAAAUCAGUGUGUAAAGUCAAGUUCUAGUAAAAACAAUACAAGAGAGAACAACAGACUGUUAACGUCACAUAUUUCACAGUUCUUCAGAUAAAUAUAGCAUAAACAACAGAACAGAACAAGUUUACCAAACUCUCCAUCUCACUCCAAAUCAGUAAAUUCAUUCAAUUCUUCAUCAACUCGACCUCCGGAGGUAAACGGAUUCCAGUCGAUUCCUCUUCUGCGUAGAAUUAUUCGGGCCUUUCUGAAUCCCGACAGGAGGGUUUCGGUGUCACUGAAGUCCAGGCUUUGUCCAUCCAUCCAGUGACUUCCAGGAAAGUUCCUCCCGGUGUCACAAGUUUCUCUCUCACUCCAAACUUUCUUUCUGCUGCUCGAUUAUCAUUUUCAGCUGCAGAUUUCACGACUUGCAGUUUGUAAAUCUACAGAAUCUGAUUUUCUUUUUGGGCGCAUUUGUGUUCAGUCUUCUCAGUCGUCUUUUGUCAGUUGUCGUUUGUUUAAAUUUUAAGUAAUGGUGCGAGCGACUGUCAUGACACAGACAGGACAGAGGCUCUUUCUACAGGAGACAUGCGCAGUAGAGCCAAGUGACAGUGGUGCAGGAGGAACAGGAGCAGCAGAUACUCACACACAAGACUAGAACCUCUCCACACUUCACUCAAACAUUUUAAUAUAGAAGUCACAUUGGAGUAUAAGUCGCAGGAAACACCCAAACCAUGAAAAAAAGUUCCACUUAUAGUCCGAAAAAUAAAUUACCACCAUUCGUUCAACCCUGUUAAAGAUUUUCGAAAAUAAGUUGAACAAAAACUAUUUAUACAGUUCUUAUCCGCUCUUUGUACUGGACCCUGUGCCAAGACAAGUAAAAAUAUCAAACUCAAAAACAUUAAAUCAAGAUAAAACUAAUCUUAAAUGUGAAGGCUAAAACGUGAACAAAAACAAUCAUGAUUUUCUGCUUAACACUGUCACAUCAAACGUUAAAUAACACAAACAUUUUAAAAUUAAGGUAUUGCAAAAUUACACGUUUAAACUGUUGCUACUUGGUGAAAUACGAUGUUUUUGAAAAUGUGCUUUUCAAAAUACAAGUUCAGUUCGGAUUACUAAACUUGAGUAACAAAACUACUUUUUUUGGUAAAUGUAAACAAUGAUAAAACUUUGCAUAACGUAUUUGAAUGGACGUUUUUUAAGUGUGUUGUAAUGUUAGUUCUACGAUAACGUGGCCAGUACGAAUCCUGUCAAACGGCUAAAGCAGCUGUCAAAUUUUGGAGAACAAAAUGAAGGUUUUCCAAGAAUUUGUCAUUUUUAGACACAGUGAGUAUUUUUGUGUACAUUAUUACAUUUUUUUUCAUAUUACGGACAAACAAAAGCUGAAUUUUGACUGUCUUUGUUAAGAUAUUGUGAAUUUCCUAACAAAACCGGAGACACGUGCGCGUAUUUCCGGUGCGUCUAAAACAUUUCACGUAAAUCUCGAGUAACUUAACACAACAAAAACCUAUUUCUGUUCACCGUAGCCGCCCAAAACUUGCUUAAGCUGAAUUCUCGCCAGCCUCUCGCGCCCUCCUCCUCCCAUUAUAACGGUUAAUUAUUUGUGUUGUCCACCAUUUUCAGAAUUUUGAAAAGACUCAAAGCGAAACAUUGAACUUUUGAAAGUGGGACCCCCCUUUCUUUCCCCACCAUCCCUCUUUAAAGAUGUACCCUACCAUUUCAUUUUUGUGGAAAUUUUGCAUGUGAGUAAAUCUAUUUUGUCCCCACGAAACGGCCAGAACUUUCCGGAAAAACUGAAACACGGAAUUUGAUGUGCCUUUUUUUCAAUGUUGUGUUUCGUUGUUUUUAAGUUUGUAUCUUUAUUAUUAUUAUUAUUAAUAUUAUUAUUAUAUAUUCAACCCUCCCUUUUUGCGAAGCGUUUAAAAAUGGCUGGCUUUUUCCAAAUAGUAUUCCUAGUUAGCGUCAUAUGUUUGUGCAUGAAUAUUUAUCACUCUUUAAUCACUGUUGUAAUAUAGUUUUGUUAUUUUAGAAAACAUCCUACGAAAAGUUAAAAUACGUGUGGAUUCGUGAACCUUGUAUAGCCUGUGUCCUAUUAAAAAACGUGUUGUUG